GGUCUCCGAUUUUGAUUCCUACAGUACCACCCACUGCUCUUACGCUUGCACUGCUCUGUUUGAGAAAGUGCAUCCAGAGAGCGAGAGGAUUAACAGGUGAAGACGAGGUUUCGACGUUGACCAUUAAGUUAUUCAAUCUCAGCAACCGGCCGAUUUUAUUUCCCCUCCUCGAUUUGAUUGUCCGCGCAGCUUCCCCGCCGCCAUGUCCUCCAACCAUGCCUCUCUUGAUGCCGCGGCGACGGAGCGCAAAGCUCGCCUUGCAAAAUUGGCUGCCCUAAAACGCAAACAACCCGAACCGGAAUCAGAAGCUGAAGCUGGUGUCACCAACGACCAGCAAGAAGAUGCUCCCCCGGACGUGACCAAGCAAUACCUGUCCGGACGAAACUACGACCCGGAAACUCGUGGUCCCAAGCUUGGAUUCGAGCAAGCUCCUAUAGAUGGCCAGGUGACCGUCGAAGCGCAGGCUGCGGAGAUCGCGAGAGCGACGGCUGAACAAGCAAAGAAGGAUGCAGAGGAGGAUCAACCAAUUGACUUGUUCAAGCUGCAGCCGAAGAAGCCGAACUGGGAUCUUAAACGUGACCUGGACGAGAAAAUGAAUGUUUUGAAUGUCCGGACUCAGAACGCCAUUGCAAAACUGGUACGCCAACGUAUCGAAAAUGCGCAGCGGGCCGCGCAGGCCAAGAGCACCGGGUCUGAUACCGGUGAACAAGGGGAGGAGGUUGGCAUCGAGGGCGAGAUGUUAGUGGAGGGAAUCCACGUCCGGGAAAGGGAAGAGGAAGAGGAGGAACGGAGGGAGCUGGAGGAGGACGGUGCGGCAUAACCUUGAUACCCUCGAAAUGGUGUUUGUACAUUAAGUGUUGGUCCGACUCGGUUUGAUCUCGUUCUUUUUCAGGCGCUCUUCGACUGGGGCCAGGGGCAAUUGUCGCAAGGCGUUACGGAUUUUGCAUAGCAAUACAC